AUGGGAAACAGUUUGUCUUGUGAGCUCAUCCGACACAUUCAUUCAGAUUCUUUCUUUCGGUUUCAGGCAAAAAGGAAAAGAAGAAACAGACGAUGCAUCCGACGGUAAAACCGAAAAACACAAAGAUAAAGAAGAAGACGGGACGGAUAGUUUUGGAGAAGAAUCGGAAGAUUUAUCAGAAGGACAAAGAGAUCUAUUGCGUGAUUUUUGACCCGGAAAGCUUUAGUAUACACGAUUUGGCGCUCGUCGGACAGAAGAACGCACCCGAGAAUCUGAUUCGGCACGACGUGGUCAGACUGCAGUAAUUCCAUCGCUCCCUCUGCAUCUUUUCCUGUUUUCAGCUACCGAAAAAGUUCGGAAGAGUCGAAUUAAUCCCCGAUAUUUCUUCUCUGAUGACUCGGAAAGGAGGCAAGACGACGCCGUUGAAAACGAAGUCGAUGUUCGGAAAAUCACAGAUAGGCACGUCGUCGACGGGAGCAGUGGAGAGCAAUUCGAACGGAGAGUUCGAGAUUGUGGCCAUCCAGGAUUACGUGGAUGAUCUGUACCUGCAGAUGCGUGAGUUUCCGUUCGAUGCAAUCCAUCCAGGAUCCGAGAAUGAUUUCAGUGAACGGAGACCGGACGAUCGAGGAGGCGCCGAGGGACAGCUCCGCAUCGUCGACGGACACGAAAUGA